AUGGCAAAUGUAUGUCCACUGCUCAUUCGACCAUCAUUUACUGGUCACACUUAUCAUGAUUUUCAAUUACAAUUUGAAUCUCCAACAACCAAUUGUACUGUAGAUCCUAUACAAAAUCUACUUCUUAUUCAUUUUUCUCGUAUAUCAAAUUUAACAUCAAAUAAUAUAUCAUAUGCUCUAUAUGAUCUAGCAAAACCUAAUAAUGAAUCACCACAUGUACAAGUUUUUCCUAAUGAUCGUGUUAAUUUUUGUGUACGAUCAGCAUUUAAUACAGGUCAAAAUGAUAUAACAUGUCAUGAAUUUUAUAUGGUAACAAUGUUAACAUCACUAGAUAGAACAUUAUGGCCAUUAUUAAUUAUAUUUGGUUAUAUAAUUAUAUUAUUAAUAGCAAUGUUUACUUCUUUAGUAUCACAAAUAUUUGAUAAAUUAUCUCAAACAAUUUUUUCAGGUUCAAUAACAAAAAAAUUAUUACAAACUCGAGAUAUAUUUUCAUUUUUACCAACAUCACAACGAAACUUACAUGAUAUUGGCUUAACAAAAUUUGAUGAAAAAAAAGAAUUUUCAAAAGCACUUGAUUUAAUUGCAAAAGAUUGUCGAACAAAUACAGGUGCAUAUAUUAUUCAAACAUCAAAAUUCGAUGAACCUAUUUGUCUGGAUUAUUUCUAA